AUGUGGGUUAGCAAGGUGAGGCCAAGGACCAACAUAGACAAGGAACUUUAUAGAGUAAAAGUCUAUGUCUUGGUAGAAGGCAAGAAUUGGAAAGACAUAUGUGCAGGACAAAUUUCAUCCAAAUACAUUGAACGGCUCCAGGGUGUAUGCCUGCUUGUUCAUUCAGAAUCAGAUGACUCACUGACUGUGGAGUAUAAGAUACAUCCUAAUGUGCCCUAUAAGAAACAGCAAGGAAAUAUAAUCAUUUGGUCUGAUGCUAAGAACCAUGGCAUGGCAAUACAUUUCCAGGAACCAAAUGCUUGUCAGGAAAUCUGGGAAGAGAUCUGUCAAGUUCAAGGUAAAGAUCCAAGUGUAGAAAUAACACAAGAACUUACUGGUGAUCUAGAAAGCUUUGCAGCUCUACAGCUGAGCUCGAAUCUGUUUGAGGUGGCAAAUUUUAAACUCUCUAGACUUGAAGGCAUUGUAAGUUUAUUUGCUUUUGUCAAUGAAAUGCCAAGCCUCAAGGAAAGGCUGGUGCUGGUCUUAGAAACUGAAGGUUACAUUAAAAACCUGCUGCAGCUGUUCAAUGCUUGUGAAAAAAAGCUGAACUUGGAAGGCUUACACUAUUUGAAUAGCAUCAUUAAAGGAAUCCUGUUUCUAAAUGAUACACGCUUGUUUAAGAUCAUGUGUUCUGAUGAAUUUUUCAUGGAUGUGGUAGGAUGCCUUGAAUAUGGCCCUGGUUUGGAUCAGCCAAAACGGCACAGGGAAUUCUUGACUCAAAAUGUUAAAUUCAGGGAAGUUAUCCCAAUAACACAAACCCAACUUCGGCAAAAAAUACAACAGACCUACAGAAUGCAAUAUGUUCAUGAUAUUACGUUGCCCACCCCGUCCAUAUUUGAAUCAAAUCUUCUUUCGGAUCUUACCACUAUGAUUUUUUCCAAUAAAAUUGAAAUAAUUACAAUGUUGCAGGAAGAUGAAAAUUUUUUGCUUGAAGUUUUUGCUCAGUUAAAAGAUAAUGGUGUAAGUGAUGAGAGAAGGCGUGAAUUGUUAUUAUUCUUCAAGGAAUUCUGUGUAUUUGCCAAGACAUUACAGUCUCAAGAGAAAAAUGCAUUAAUAAAAACACUGAUAAAGCUAGGAGUCAUGAAUGCUCUAAAAGUCAUAGUACACAUGCCUGAUAAUCAAAUACAACUAGCUGCUAUAGAUAUAUUUGCUUAUCUAGUAGACUAUAAUCCUCGACUAGUCCAAGCAUAUAUAAUGGAAGAAGCUCAGGACAGUGAAGAUAAUGAUGACCUUCUCAUUAAUAUAAUGAUCAAAAAAAUGAUCUGUGAUACUGAUCCUGAAUUUUCACGAGGCAUUAUUUUGCCAGCAGUUCUUCAUACUCUUCUUGAUCCAGAAAAUAUGCGUGUCACAGCUAAUGGAUGUGAAAGAAAGGGAUUUCUAAAUUUCUUCUAUACACAUUGCAUGAGUAACCUCAUAGCACCAAUUUUGUCCACCACAGUAGAAAAUGACAGAGAUGAAAAUAGGGCUAACAUCUGUCCUGGUGUUGUCCGGUUUAUGAGAAAGAUGAUUGGCCUAAAAGAUGAAAUGUAUAAUAAUUACAUAAUUAAGAAAAACCUAUUUGAACCAGUUGUAAAUACUUUUAUGCAUAAUGGACCUCGGUACAAUAUGUUAAAUUCAGCUAUUAUUGAGCUAUUUGAAUUUAUAAGACAAGAAAACAUCAAUUCUCUUAUUGCAAACAUUGUGGAAAAUUUUUUUAUUCCUUUUGAAUCAAUUGAGUAUGUCCAGACCUUUAAAGGGUUGAAGACUAAAUAUGAAGAAGAAAAGAAGAGGGAAAAUAGAAUACAAAGUUAUUUAAAUGAUAUGAUACACCAGAAAAUAUGUUGUAGACAUAUCAAAGUUAUGGAGGUAAAAGUCAAGACAGACAUAGACAUAUGUUGUAGAGGAAUCAAAGAAGAAGAAGUCGCAGAAAAAGGAGGAGGAGGAGAUGAAGGAGGAGCAAUUCUACCAAUAGGAAGUGACUUUCCAAGUCAUUAUGACAUAUUUAUGAAACUUAAAGAGAAAAAUGAAAGAGGAAAUGAAAUAGAAUGCCCCAAAAGUAAAUCAUCUGAGGCCUCUAAAUUUUCUUCAUCUCAAGCUCAUGAUUCUGAUAAUGGAAUGAGUACAGUUCAUUGUAGCAGCCUUGUUCCUUUAGUGGAUUACCCAUAUGAUACUGAUGAAGAUGAUGAACCCCCACCUUCUAAAAAGACCUACUCUUAG